AUGUCUUCCAGUGUUGGCGCCAAUUGCACAGAGCUCAAGCAAAAGUACGACAACUGCUUCAACAAGUGGUAUUCGGAAAAGUUUCUCAAGGGUGAUACAACGCCUGAAUGCGAAGACCUGUUCAAGGAUUAUAGAGCUUGUGUCAUGGCAACAUUGAAAGAAAAGGGUAUCGACAAAUUGCUCGAUGAGUCUCGCAAGGAAGCACCUUUCCCCUCAACCUCUUUCCAGGACAAUGAGAAGAAGUCGUCUUAA